CCCUCGCUGUCAUUGCAGGCUGAGUGGAGAACUGCCAGCAACAACAGCUCCUUCUUUGAGAGCUUCUGCUCCACAGCCCAGCGUGUGUUUGAUGCCAGCAGGGACUCGUGCACGGUGGUGCUGAUGGCCUGCAAGCCCAGCUCCCAGCACUGGGCUGUGCAGGUGCUCCUGCACCUUCCCUUGGACUCUGAAGAAGUCCUCACAGAGCUGAAGGAGAAGGAGGACAGGCUAGAGGAGCUGGGCAUCGUCAACAUCACCUCUGACAAGAUGGUGGAGGACAUGAGCAUCAAGGACGAGUUCAGCACGCCCCUGAUCAUCACCAUCAUCACCCUGGCCGGCUCCCUGCUGCUCAUCGCCGCCAUCUACGGCUGCCACCAGCGCUUCUCCCAGAAGAAGGACCAGAACAUCCACCCUGAUGUCCCCGGGUUUGAUGAUGGACAUGUGGCCCUGAUCUUUAAUCAGCGCCUGACCGAGGAGAUGCAGACCAUGGAGAACGGCUACCACGACAACCCCACGCUGGAGGUGAUGGAGACCUCCUCUGAAAUGCAGGAGAAGAAGGUGAACCUCAAUGGUGAGCUGGGGGACAGCUGGAUCGUUCCUCUGGACACCCUCAUGAAGGAGGACCUGGAGGAAGAGGAGGACACGCAUUUAUAGGAUGCAGAACUUGAUCAAGAGAAGAACAACCACCCCCCCAAAAAAAUUCCAUAAACCCUACACACAUGCACACAGAGCUCCAAAAUCAGGCAAAAUCCCCCCUAAAAAGCAAAAAAUCCCUUAAUGAGCUAAUUGUGGCCCCUUGUGCCACCACAUGGGGUGCAGGAUGGGAGAGGAAAGGACAUGAGAAGACACCUCUGGGGCACAUCAACACAAGCCACAUCUGGCCAAGCAUCCUCCAUCCCCCACCCUCCUCCCACGCCAGACAUGACCAGCCAUGGGCAAACAGGGUGGCUUUGCUCCUGAGGAGCUGCUGGUCUCCUCCAAGCACGUCCCCUCUCCACAUCUGACCACGCCAGCUGCACCCUCCAGCUACGGAGUGACUCAAAAAUCAAGAGAAAUAAAGUAAAUAGGAUGGGAGAUGGAGCACAUCUGACAGCAAAGCAGCACUUGGCAAUUACAGCUCGACAAAUCCUCUGGCCCACGCUGUUUAGUCAUCACCCUGCCCUCCCUGACACCCAGGUAGUGAGGGAAAAAAGCUGGAACAACCUGUUUGUUUUUAAUCCAGUUUCCAUCCUCUGCUCAGAGCUGAAACGCACAAGAGCCCCUCGUUGUGCCAUAGGCAAAUGGAUGCAUCCCAGCAGGAUGGCAGGGAUGCAGCAGUGCCAAGUGAUGCUCAGCCCCUCUGCCAAGGGAUGUGGAACAGAUCCUGCACCCACCUGGAGAUAGACAGAGGUGCAGCAGCUUCUUGUUUUGAAAGGUUGAGGUGGAGGGAGAGGAAAAGGAGGAACUCCCUGAGUUCAUCCCUCUUAGGAAGGGUGUGGAGAGCAAGAGUGAUGCCUGGUCUCUAGCCCAGGUGUGAUGUUGGGGGUUUUGUGGUGCAGGAACCCAGCUCUGGUGCUGCAUUUCCCUACAGAAGGAUCACUUGCCUUCCAGGAAUUACACAGCAGCAUCUCACAGCCCUCAUCCAUCCUCCACGAGACUGUGGGACACAUGCACCACUAUGGUUUGUGAUUUUUGAGGGCACAUUUCCAGCAUGAGCAGCAGAAGAGGUAAAAGAGCAGCAGAAUGUGAGCCAGGGAGCUUGAUGGCAUUCAGAUGUCCCUUGGUGUUUCAUCCCCUCGAGGUUUAAAAGCUCAGCCCACGUUCUCAAGCUCUUCUUCACAAGCCACUAAAAUCACAGAGACCUGCAAAGCAACUUCCAGCUCAGCAGUGAAGCUGGGACUGAGCUUUGUCCUGCAGCCCUUGGUCUGUCACCCAGGUCUCCCUUUGCUGAAGCCUUUAAAUGGGAGAAGAAAACCAUGGCUGGACUGAGGCCAUUUCUGGAUUUUGACUCCCCACCACAGCUCCUAAAUGGCUCUGAAAGGUUGAGGAGAGUUUCAUGCCUUUGCUCUGGUGAAGCAGCUCAGUCCUGGCAGAGGCAGGGAUCCUCCUCCAGCUGGGGUCCAUCCUCCAGCACACGAGGACCAGAAGGUCACUUGGCUGAGUCCCCCUCCCAGGGUGAGGAUGGUGCUUGUCCCAAACCCUCUGCCAGCCAGAGGAGCUGCAGAUAAGAGCAAUGCCCAAACACAGCCCUUCUCCUCUGCUUGCCAUAAACCAAGGCACAACAGGGAGAUUUCCUCUGGGCUCUGCCACCAAGUCAACCUGACUGGGAUCUGCUGCCCUGGAUGAGGGGAAAAGCAGAGCCAAGCUUGGAGAAAGCCUGGUGGAGUUGGGAGUACUCAGGAAGGAGAGGAUCAGGGUGUUUGGCUCAGCCCCAGGACAGGUGCUGGCAGAAGAUACAAGUGGCUCUUCCCCCUUCUGUCCUGCACUGAAGGGCAGAGCCUGAAGUGUUCAAACCUUUAUAUUUUUGUAUGUAAAUAUUCCUGCUAUUCAUUAGCAAUGUAUUCUGCACACUUCACUUACCUGUGCACUGCACUAUGGGGAAGUAAUUCUGGAGGGGAGGGGAAAUAAUAAAUAAAAUAAAUGUAAAAAAAAAAAAAAUCUUAAAAAAAAGGAAAAAAAAGAAAGAAAAAGCUAAAGGCCAGCCUGGUAGGGGAUUAAAAUUUGACAUGAAGUAGAAAAACACCUCUUGCCCAGGUAACUUUGUGCCAUGGCUUUGUUCCUGUUCUGGCAGCAUCAAGUUCAGCUCUUCAACGUGUCCAUGAGUCUCAGAGAACAGCCCUUGGCAUCCAGCACUGCUCUUGUGAGCACUGUGACCUCCCAGCUGCCCUGACAGACAAACAGCAGGUCCAUGACCUCACAUCUCUGUCCUUCCCAGAAAACAAACACAGUGAAACCAGGGCAGCAGCGCUGCUGUGGCCACCAGGGCUGGAGCUGCCACAAGGACACCCUGGCAGGGCAUCUCCAGGCACUGGGCUUUGGAUGUGCCUAAAGAUCCCCCCUUCCCAGCAGAGAGAUGCCAAAGUGCUUUAAUGAGUCAGGUCCAAAGACUUUCCAAGAGAACCCUACAGAGGCUUGAGAUCAAGUAACCUUAAAUCUUUCCGAGCAGAGACCAGUGAGGAUGUUAACUGCUCAGCAAGUGCUUAUAGUGAUUUAUAUUUGAAUAGGAAUUGUACAUUUAUUUAUUUUUCCAGACACCGUAUUUUUAAACCACUAAUAUUUUAUAGUAGAUUUUCCUUCCCCUAUUUAAAAGAACUAUUUCCACAGGAAAAGAAAAGAGUACUUUUUUUUUUUUUUUUUAAUGUUGAGAACAUUCUUUUUUUGGAAUUAAAAAAAAAAUCAGGUAGGAAAUGCAGCAAUGAGCAUCUUUGGCCUUAACCCUUCCCUUCGUAGAGUGUAGCCAUAAUUGUUAGACCAAAAAUAAGAAAUAAAAAAAAAGAUUUACCCAGGCAUUUCCUUCCUCCCUUCCCUGUGCUCCUCUUCUCUCCCCCAAAACAGCUUUAACAUCCCACACAUUGUACAAAGAGAUUCCUGCUCUUACCUCUCGGCGAGAGCUUUACAAGCAGCUCAGAUGUCCUUGCAAGAGACUUUUCUAUUUUCAGAUUCAUGAGGAAAUGUGUAAAUACUUUAGGAACAUUUUAUCUUCCGCUCACAGUGCCAUGACCCAGCUGAUGAGGUUGAUACUGUGACUGCUGCCUACAGAAGACACACAGAAGUCAUAAUCCAUGAGGGACUGGAGAAGGAAAACCUAAUUCCCCAGGUGGUUACCUGUUGAACCUUGCACAUAGAGUAGAGCUCUUACUUACUGUGUGUAGCAGCAUCUCUCAUGGGGACAGGAGUCUGAUUUACACUGGAAUUUACUGAGGAACUGGAUUGUAAGAGAUUAUUCUUGCAUUUUCCUACAAAUAUAUUUUGAGAGCAUCAUGUAUUUCUGUCAAUAAACAUUCUUAUGUAAAAGG